GAAACCGUGAGCUAGCGCGACCGCCCUGCCGUGCUCUCGUCUCCAGGCUGUGCCGGGCCGCGCGGGAGCAUGUGCGGGCGCACCUCCUGUCACCUGCCUAAAGAUGUCCUGGCCCGAGCGUGCGCCUAUCGGGACCGGCAGGGCCGGCAGCGGCUCCCCGAGUGGAGGGACCCCGACAAGUACUGCCCCUCGUACAACAAGAGCCCUCAGUCCAGCAGCCCAGUGCUUCUGUCGCGACUGCACUUUGAGAAGGGUGCAGACUCAUCUGAACGUAUCAUUGCUCCCAUGCGAUGGGGAUUGGUCCCAUCUUGGUUCAAAGAGAGUGAUCCUUCUAAGCUGAAGUUCAACACUUCCAACUGUCGUAGUGAUACCAUAAUGGAGAAACAUUCCUUCAAGGUACCUCUUGGAAAGGGAAGACGCUGUGUCGUUUUAGCAGAUGGAUUCUAUGAGUGGCAGCGAUGUGUGGUUACUAGCCAAAGGCAGCCAUACUUCAUCUACUUCCCCCAAGCCAAAACAGAAAAGUCAGGUAAUGUUGGUGCUGUGGACAGUCCCGAGCACUGGGAGAAAGUCUGGGACAACUGGAGGCUGCUGACAAUGGCGGGGAUCUUUGACUGCUGGGAGUCCCCAGAAGGAGACCUCCUGUAUUCCUACACCAUCAUCACAGUCGAUUCCUGCAAAAGCUUGAAUGACAUUCACCCUAGGAUGCCUGCCAUAUUAGAUGGAGAGGAGGAAGUCUCUAAAUGGCUUGACUUUGGUGGGGUCUCCGCUCAGGAAGCUCUGAAGUUAAUCCACCCCACAGAGAACAUCGCCUUCCAUCCAGUCUCUUGCGUGGUGAACAACACCCGAAACAACACUCCUGAAUGUCUGGCUCCUCUCAACUUGUUGGUCAAAAAGGAGCUCAAGGCAAGUGGUAGUAGCCAGAAGAUGAUGCAAUGGCUGACCACAAAGUCACCCAAAAAGGAAGAGCCCAAAACACCCCCUAAGGCAGAGUCAGAUGUGCCCCGGUGGUCCAGCCAGGUCCUGCAAAAGAGCCCACUCCCCACCAAGAGAGGAGGUGCAGGACUCCUGGAACGAUGGCUGAAGCCGGAGAAGGAGGAGCCCGUAGCCAAGCGGCCUCACCAUGAGUAACCCUGGAUUUUCAGAGACUAAGACUGCAAUUUGCUGUACUAAAUAUUGUUGCUGAUAACAGGUGCUUGUGUUUUACGUGUGUGGAUUUGCUUUGGGAUGAGAUCGCACAGUGUUAGUUGACAGUGGUGGAUUCAUGAGUACGAGUGGCUAUCCUGGCUGCAACCAGGAACCCACAGUGGAGCAAAUGGGCAGCCUGGGAAGAGUAGGGGACCACCACCAUCAAUAAUUCAUAGGGUCCUUUAUACCUGGUAUGACCGGUGGAACCUUCUCUCAAAGCUAGACCUGCUGGCGGUUCUCAGCCCUGACCUGGUACUGCUCACAGAAGGCUGUUUUCUGCUCAGCUGUUGUGUUCUGUCAGCCUUUUGGAAUUAAGUUCUUAAAACACUGUAUUUUUUUCUGAAUAAAUUAUAUUUGAUAAACUGU